UAAUGUGUCUACUGCUGAUUGCCGCUUUAAACUGACAAUACACUAGACUAUCUGAUCUGAUAUUGUCCUGUCGUCUUUAUUUUUUUAGUAACGUGAUCUCAGACAUGACCACAAGAGGACAGUCUUGACUCUGAAAAAAAAACCCAGUUGAAAUGGUUCCCCAGGACAAACGGCAUAACGAAGCAAGUCUCAACCGGUUUAAACAGAAUAUUGCACACGGAUGGACAGAUUUGGGAGCGUUUGGAAAAGUUGAAUGGACAGGGGCAGAGUAAGGACUGAGAAAGUGAUUCAAAAAGAGGAAAAGACAAAAGAGGAUUUUGAUCAAACAAGGACAACAUUAUUGGAUUGGAAUUUAUUCUCAACUUUCAAAAUAACCAUGGAAUUGUCUCUGGUGAGUGGGAUUUUUAUAGAUAAUUUAGUAUUUGAUCCAUAAUGAAAGUCUGAAGGACAAUAAUUCUAGAGUGACUUCAGUGACGGUUGUACAUGUACUGUACUCUGAAUAGCUGAGUAUGUUUUCUUGAUGUGGUUAUAAUAUUUAAUAUCUCAGUUAAGAUUUCACAUGCAUUUUAUGUCAGGCUGUGAUUUUGGAUCAGGGUCACCCAGGACUACUUUCUCAAUCAAGCCCCUAUGUUAAUCACAUUACCAUUCUGUGACAUAGUUGAUUGACCCAGUUGUCCUUACCCCUCUAACCUGAUGGGAGUUUCAGUACACUUUCAUACUAUGCACUUUCUCAGGCUGUUCUAUAAUAUUCAAUGUUUUCAAGUUCUCUAUUGUCCUCUGCCCUGAAGUAGGUCAAACUCCGGUGUGCCACCUUAAAUCUUCAUAGACAUGCCAAACAAGUGAGCAAGGCUUUGCCAAGCCUCCCCUGUGCCAACACUGCCAUUGGUCAGCAAGCACUGUUGGUGGGCUGUUGCCAUAGCACCCUCAUUAAGGGAGGGGCAGGGACAUGUUGAGAAAGUGUGGGUUUCAAGUCCCAGUGAAAGAGUACAGGUUGUCAAUGUUACAUCACAGUACAGGAACUACCAUUCAUUUACCAGAGCUUCAAGUCAUUUACCAGAGCUGAGGACAUUGAAAUGUACUAGAAUUCAUGCCCAGUGAUAAGGAAAUAAAAGCACCUUUACACUAGUUCUAGAGCAGCACAUACCCUAAGAACUUACACUCUAGAAUGUAAACCGUGAUAAGUUGUUUUAUGGAAGCCAGAACAUACAAAAACAUGGGCAUGCGCUCAUACACACACACACACUGACAUUUACAAUGUAUGACGCAUGGCAUUUUGCAGAGAUGUGCAUUAGCUGGAAGCAGAAAUAUGAGGGGUAGAGUAGGAGAAGCAGAAUUGAGAGGUUGUGCGUGAGAGAGAGUGGAAACAUACGCCAGUGGGUUAAGCUGCUUUGUGAAGGGAAACUGAGGAAAGCUUACAGAGAAGUGAAGAGAAGGAUGGAGGCUUUUGCCCUGACAACCCACCACAGUUCAUAACAGCUUAGCCAGAGAGGGGAAGAAAACGGACAAAUGCAGGAAAAACAGGAUCAGCCACUGAAAAGUAGCCCGGGGAAGGUAGGGAUGUGUGCUGUAGGAGGGAUGUGUGUGUUGUUUUGUAUAUUCUGUGUGUGGCGUCUUAUUUUUUUUGUCUGUAAUGACAGCAUGUGGAAAUUGGAGUGACUGGGUAUGGAGUAUAUGAUACUUUUUCUGCAGCCAUCCAGUUCUUUGUUGAUGUUUGUGUUGGCAGAUUGUUUAAAGAACUAAGCAUGCCAAUUAUGAUAAUGCAUUAUAACACUUACUUGAUGUAGGGUGACACUUGCAGGGAGGGGAAUAGUGUGCGUGUUCAUGGGUUGGUGCAUCUUAGUUUUUCAAUGGAGAGUCCUUGCCCUUUUGCCUGUUCUCUUUGUGGUCCCAUGUUAAUUUACACACAAUUUUUCAAUCAUUGCUUUGUGUUGUAAUCACUCAUAUUCUUGAGUCUGAAUGUUUGUAUUUACUACUUGUGUGGGUAUUUAUGUAAUGUGAAUUACUGUAGCGAGUGUAUGUCCAUUUGUCCUAUUUCCCAGGACCCACUCUGCCUGGUGCUUUCCAUCGUAAACAAUCAUAAGUCCCAUCGUGCUUUGGGCUCUCGCUGAAUAGCACUCUACCAUGACUGGUGUGUGAUCGGUGUUAUCACUCUCCCUUCCUCCCCUCUCUGCUUGUCUCUCCCUUCAGGGUCACCCGGCUCUCAAAGCCUUUAUGUGUGGCUCUCUCAGUGGAACAUGCUCCACCCUGCUCUUCCAGCCUCUGGACCUGGUCAAGACCCGUUUGCAGACCCUUCACAGCAACAUGCAGCCUGGUUCAGCAAGAGUGGGGAUGGUGACUGUGUUCUUAAGUGUUGUACGGACAGAGAAGCUCAUAGGACUUUGGAAGGGGGUCUCACCAUCAUUUGUGAGGACCAUCCCCGGCGUAGGGAUCUACUUCAGCACCUACUACUCUCUGAAGCAGCACUACUUCCUGGAGCAGGGCCCCGGGGCCAUGGAGUCUGUGCUGCUGGGAGCUGGGGCCAGGACUGUGGCAGGGGUCUGCAUGCUGCCUGUCACUGUCCUUAAGGCUCGCUUUGAGAGUGGCAGGUAUAACUACGUGAGCGUGGCAGGGGCUUUGCGCAGUGUGUGUCAAACAGAGGGACCCAGAGCUCUGUUCUCAGGGCUGACCGCCACCCUCCUCAGAGAUGCUCCCUUCUCAGGCCUCUAUGUCAUGUUCUACAGCCAGGGCAAGAAGACUCUGCCACAGGAGAUAAGCACGUCUCCCUACGCGGCCCUGGCUAACUUCAGCUGUGGGAUUCUGGCCGGGGUCCUGGCUUCCCUAGUCACCCAGCCAGCUGACGUGGUCAAAACCCAUGUCCAAGUCAGCCCACAUCUGUACAGGAGGACUGCAGACGCUGUGCGAUACAUUUACAAUGAGCACGGGUUUCAAGGGUUCUUCCGGGGUGGGGUGCCACGUUCUCUGAGGAGGACCAUGAUUGCUGCCAUGGCAUGGACGGUGUAUGAACAGCUGAUGGCCCGCAUGGGGCUCAAGUCCUGAGAAGGGAUGACAAGAAGAAGGGAUGACAAGUCCUGAAGAGAGAGAAUUAAAUGAGGAACGUGUGGACCGAGGAAGAGAGUGAAAGUCAAGUCACCGAGGACAAACCAGUACAGUGAGGAGCGCCCUGGAAGGCACUGCUGUGUUUGUGUCUUAAGGCUGCCUAGUUGUGAGUGUGUGCCAAUGGACUUCUUCACUGACAUACAGUAUUCUGCCAUAACAUUAUUAACACAUUGCAAAGAUAUGAUACCUCAAGGACUGGUAUCCAUACUUUGACAGAAAGAUGAGGACUAGUAGUUUUAUUAAAAUGUCUGUAUAUUUGAAUGGAUUGCAAUAGUUUUGCAUUGCACAAUAUUGUCUGUCAUCAUUGUAUGUGAGGCUACACCAAACAAGACUUUCAUUUAUUAUUCUACUGGGCUACUUUCAAAAUUUCAUAUUGCACUAUAAGUCGUAAGAUAUUGUUGGUCCCUAACUAGCCACUGUACUCCCAGCCACACUGACUGUUAAACUAUUCUAGGCUUUAGAUAUAUAUCCCACUGUAGAAUUCUACAAUGUUAGGUACCUGUUUUCUCUAGACUUUAGCACAACUUGUAUCUGCUUGUCUUUAAAUUGAAGGUAAAGAACACUAAUUGCUUAACAUGCUGAUACUUAGCUGGAAAUGCACUUUAACCACUUCCGUAAUCUAAAACCCUGGAGUGUCUCAUGCUGCAGUGAGUCUGCCUGCCUUCCCUUUGUGCCAAACUAAUGCCACUGUUCUAAGUUAUUAUUCUGGUAGAGAUGUUGUAACAUAUAAUAAGCUUUGCUUGCUGUCCAUUUGAGCUGUACAUUUGAUUUGCCUUAGAAGGGUAUUAUAAUUGUUCAUGUUUUCAUAUUUGAUAUAAUUUAUUACUGUUUAUUGUAAUGGUGAAUAAUUAUGCAGGUGUGUUGAAGAGAACAUUUUACUUUUUUUUAAUGUAAAAAAUGUAUUAAAAAAAACAUAAAAUGAUAUAAUACAA